CGACCGCGCACUCCUCACACAGCGUUAUAUAUGUUUACUUCCGGGAUAUACAAAUCCAAUUUUCUUUUAUAAUCACGACAAAAUGAGAAGAUGACACAGCGUUAUAAUUCUUUUAAUGUAUUUUUCAGUAGCAUUUAAGAAAAUGUUUAGCCACUGGAUUUUUCAUGAACUCGGCAGAAUUACAGAAGGAAGGAGAAUACAUGUCUUUAUCUACAAGGAAAUCAGUUACCAUACAUCCAUCAUCAGCCCUGUUCCAUUGUAAACCUGCAUAUGUCAUCUAUAAUGAACUUGUACAGACAACUAAAUGCUACAUGAGGGAUUUGUGUGUGGUGGAUGCAGAUUGGCUGUAUGAUACAGCACCAACAUACUUCAAAAAGAAAAAGCCUGGUGGUUGAAAUGAAAUACUGUUUAUGUGAAGUGAAUGAUAUAUUUAUUGUUAAUGUUUCUAAUAAAAACAUGAGCAAAUGA